GUCAACGAGACGGCCGGACAUGACGACCAGAUCGCGCACACGUACCACAAGACAAUACACCUCUCGAGGUCGGCCACUAAACCCAAUGGUAAGACAGUGGUUCUCACGAGCGAGGCUGCCGUUCCCGUUCAGUCGGAGUUCCUUCAGAGGGAGGACACCACCACUAGGGGAGCCAGACGACAGGCCAUACCCCCUGGUCAGGCUAUUAAAAAGGGACAACACGUUAAUAUACCAGUUUCAGGGUCGAGUAGUAUAAGGCUGACCAGUCGUCCCCGCGAGAAAGGUGUGGCCAGUUUUCGGAACGACAGGACUGUGGCCAUCGCCGCCAAUCGGGUGCUGUUGGGAACGGCAGUCGGCUUACUGUCACCGCUACCCAAAUCCACGCACACUCUCAUCAAUACCGUUGCCAACAUUGACAUCGACACAAACCUAAGCAUACCUGACCAACAGGUCGACCCCUUAUUGGCUGUCACUCUAUCGGAUCUGUUG